CGUGUCCGUUCUUUAUAAGCGGACAUCCCUGACGAUCAAAACACAGAAUCGUAUCGGCACAGUAUUCGCAAGCAACGCAGCACGCACAGCCGCGAAUUUUCACAAAGUACCGACCGAUCGAUCAAGACAGACAGAAUCGAAAAUGCGCUCCCACACCAUCGCUCUGCUCGUGUUCGGAAUAAUGGCCGUGGCUUUGGCAUCGCCGGUGCCAGGUCAUCAUCAUGAACAUCAUGUGAUCCAUGUGCCCUACCACGUGCACACGGUUCAUCAUCAUCACACGAAGAAAAUACACAUACCGGUGCAUCAUGUCGAGAAGGUCGCUGUUCCCGUUCCGGUACCGGUGCACCAUGUCGAAAAAGUACCAGUCCCAGUACCUGUACACCAUGUCGAAAAAGUGGCCGUACCUGUCCCAGUUAUACAUAAAGUUCCUAUCGCUGUACCCAUACAUAAGGAAGAGUUCUCUCAUGGUUGGUUUUAAAUAGAACGCAUUGUCUUCAGCUGUAAUUAUAUUAGGUUAUCGUACAAGGUGGAGUCCUAGUAAGUAACAGCUAAUGAUAUUCAUUCCUCAUUACGGAUCCAUUGAUAAGAAGCUUCUUCGUGGAAUACAAAAGAGGACGAAACCGAUCAGUACAAAAUUACUUCAGCCACCAGUGCAGAAUUUAAGGAUAGAGAAUAAGAACCAAAUACUCUGUACGCACGCGUGUAUACUCAGAACGGAGAUACUUGUACAUACUUUACAUCAUGUUAUACUCUCUUAUCAUUAUUUUUAUAUAAUAAACAUUUGAUAAAAAAAGAAA